GUGGAAAGUGUGCGGGAGGGGCCAGAGAGGGGCGGGAGCGGGGCGGGCCGAGGAGGCGGCGGCGUGGAGCUGCCUCCCGCUGGAGGGCCGGGCCGAGCCCCGGGCGCUGCGGCGACGCAGGGAUCCUACCUCCACCAGGCCGGCUGCCCGACGCCCGGAGGAGGCUGCUGAGCCCCGCCGGGCCAUGGUCCCGUCUCGCAGGACGUGGAACCUGGGAGCCACGCCCUCGCUGCGCGGCCUGUGGCGAGGGGGCCGGGCCGGGGAGCCCGAGCCGGGGAUGGCUCGCCCCGCCCCAGCCAGCCCGGCCGCCCGCCCUUUCCCACACACCGGCCCGGGGAGGUUGAGAACUGGGCGUGGAAGAGACAGCCCGGCUGGCGGCGACGAGGACUCCAGCACCCGAAGUGCAGCUCGCCCGGCCCUGGCUCAGUGCCGAGCCCUCAGCGUGGACUGGGCGAGCCCCGGGAGCCCUCACAGGCUCUACCUGACCCUGCAGGUGGAACACCUGAAGCAGAAGCUCAUAAGCCAGGCCCAGGAAGUGAGCCGCCUUCGAUCGGAGCUGGGAGGCACCGACUUGGAGAAGCACCGGGACCUGCUGAUAGUGGAGAAUGAGCGACUGAGGCAGGAGAUGCGGCGCUGCGAGGCCGAGCUGCAGGAGAUGCGGGCCAAGCCUGCGGUGCCCUGCACAGGCUGCGAGCACAGCCAGGAGAGUGCCCAGCUCCGCGACAAGCUGUCCCAGCUACAGCUGGAGGUGGCGGAGAACAAAGGCUUGCUGUCAGAGCUGAACCUGGAGGUGCAGCAGAAAACCGACCGGCUGGCCGAGGUGGAGCUGCGGCUCAAGGACUGCCUGGCCGAGAAGGCGCAGGAGGAGGAGCGGCUCAGCCGGCGCCUGCGUGACAGCCACGAGACCAUCGCCAGCCUGCGGGCCCAGUCGCCGCCCGUCAAGUAUGUCAUGAAGACGGUGGAGGUGGAGUCGUCCAAGACCAAGCAGGCCCUCAGUGAGUCCCAGGCCCGGAACCAGCACCUGCAGGAGCAGGUGGCCAUGCAGAGGCAGGUGCUGAAGGAGAUGGAGCAGCAGCUGCAGAGCUCGCAUCAGCUGACCGCACAGCUCCGGGCGCAGAUCACCAUGUACGAGUUGGAGCUGGAGCGGGCACAUGGGCAGAUGCUGGAGGAGAUGCAGUCCCUGGAGGAGGACAAGAACCGGGCCAUCGAGGAGGCCUUUGCCAGAGCCCAGGUGGAGAUGAAGGCUGUGCACGAGAACCUGGCAGGUGUCCGGACCAACCUGCUGACGCUGCAGCCAGCACUGCGGACCCUGACCAACGACUACAAUGGGCUCAAGCGUCAGGUGCGCGGCUUCCCGCUGCUGCUGCAGGAGGCCCUCAAGAGCGUCAAGGCCGAGAUCGGCCAGGCCAUCGACGAGGUCAACAGCAACAACCAGGAGCUGCUGCGCAAGUACCGCCGGGAGCUGCAGCUGCGCAAGAAGUGCCACAAUGAGCUCGUGCGGCUGAAAGGGAACAUCCGGGUGAUUGCCCGUGUCCGGCCAGUCACCAAAGAGGAUGGGGAAGGACCUGAGGCGACCAAUGCUGUGACCUUUGAUCCCGACGACGACUCCAUCAUUCACUUGCUGCACAAAGGAAAGCCCGUCUCCUUUGAGCUGGACAAAGUCUUCUCCCCAAAAGCCUCACAGCAGGACGUGUUCCAGGAGGUGCAGGCCCUGAUCACCUCCUGCAUCGACGGCUUCAACGUCUGCAUCUUCGCCUAUGGCCAGACGGGUGCUGGCAAGACAUACACGAUGGAGGGGACCCUCGAGAACCCAGGCAUCAACCAGCGGGCCCUGCAGCUGCUCUUCUCCGAGGUGCAGGAGAAGGCGUCCGACUGGGAGUACACCAUCACCGUCAGCGCGGCCGAGAUCUACAAUGAGGUCCUCAGGGACCUGCUGGGGCAGGAGCCCCAGGAGAAACUGGAGAUCCGCCUGUGUCCUGACGGCAGCGGGCAGCUGUACGUGCCAGGGCUGACGGAGUUCCAGGUGCAGAGCGUGGAGGACAUCAACAAGGUGUUCGAGUUCGGCCACACCAACCGCACCACGGAGUUCACCAACCUGAACGAGCACAGCUCGCGCUCGCAUGCCCUGCUCAUUGUGACGGUGCACGGCGUGGACGGCAGCACUGGUCUCCGCACCACGGGGAAGCUGAACCUGGUGGACUUGGCCGGCUCGGAGCGCGUGGGCAAGUCAGGGGCUGAGGGCAGUCGCCUGCGGGAGGCACAGCACAUCAACAAGUCGCUGUCGGCCCUGGGGGACGUCAUUGCCGCCCUGCGUUCCCGUCAGGGCCACGUGCCCUUCCGCAACUCCAAGCUCACCUACCUGCUGCAGGACUCGCUCAGCGGGGACAGCAAGACCCUCAUGGUGGUGCAGGUGUCCCCCGUGGAGAAGAACACCAGUGAGACGCUCUAUUCCCUCAAGUUUGCCGAGAGGGUGCGCUCCGUGGAGCUAGGCCCUGGGUCCCGCAGGGCAGAGCUCGCGUCCUGGUCCAGCCAGGAGCACCUAGAGUGGGAGCCAGCUUGCCAGACGCCACAGCCCUCAGCACGCGCCCACUCGGCCCCUGGCUCUGGGACCACUAGCCGCCCAGGGUCCAUCAGGAGGAAGCUGCAGCCUUCGGCCUGACGGCUGGGGCUGCAAAGUCUCCAGGGAAGUCGAGGCCAUUGCCUGUGUGAUGGACAUGCUCACUCUGCCGGACGAGGGACUGGGUCCUGACGCCUGCCUGGCCUGUUCCCGCUGCAGCGCCUGGAGCCCGCAGGGCAGAGGCCAGAGUGGAGGCUCCUCGUUCGCCCGUCUACCCUCAGAGAUAAGAAACACGCUCAGAAGGAAAUGGUGUCUCGGCUGUGGCUCUGGGCGCAGGUGGCAUGGGC